GCUCCCCGCCGGAGGAAGGGGCGGCCCCGGCGCUCAGUGGCGGGGGCGGGGCCGCUCCCGGUGCGUCACGGGCCGCCCCGGCCGCCGCUGCCCGCCCGCGGAACGGCGCGGGGGGAUGGAGGCGGUGGCGGCCGGAGCUCGGGGAGCAGGUCCGGGCCCCGCGGGAGAGGGUGCAGUCAUGGUGCCGCAUCCCGGCCAGGAGCCCGCCCGUGGCUAGAGCCGGCCGCGGCCGGAGAGCUGCGGCGGGGCACCCUCAGCCUGAGGGCAUCCCUCAGCCUGAGCGCCUCCCCGCGCGCCCCCGGCAUGGAGCCGGGCGGCCUGGAGUGGCUGCUGGUGCCCAUGCAGCAGCUGGUGUCGUGGGGCGCCGCGGGGGCCAUGGUGUUCGGCGGCGUCGUGCCCUACAUCCCCCAGUACCGGGACAUUCGGCGGACCCAGAACGCGGAGGGCUUCUCCACCUACGUCUGCCUGGUGUUGCUGGUCGCAAACAUUCUGCGCAUACUUUUUUGGUUUGGAAGGCGUUUUGAAUCCCCUCUUUUGUGGCAGAGCAUUAUCAUGAUCAUUACAAUGUUACUGAUGCUGAAACUCUGCACUGAAAUUCGUGUGUCCAAUGAGCUGAACGUGAAACGCCGCUCUUUUGCAGCUGCAGAUAGUAAGGAUGAAGAAAUCAAAGCUCCACCCAAGAGAUCCUAUCUGGAUUUUGACUUGAACUAUUUUUGGCAUUGGAGCAAGUUUACAGACUACGUGCAGUGCGUCCUCACCUUCACUGGUGUGACUGGUUACAUCACUUACCUGUGGCUGGACUCCUCCCUCUUUGUGGAAACGCUGGGCUUCCUUGCUGUGUUCACUGAGGCCAUGCUGGGCGUCCCGCAGCUGUACCGCAACUACCAGAACAGAUCGACGGAAGGCAUGAGUAUCAAGAUGGUGCUGAUGUGGACCAGUGGGGAUACGUUCAAGACUGUUUACUUCAUCCUGAAUCAGGCCCCUUUCCAGUUCUCCAUCUGUGGACUCCUGCAGGUAUUUGUGGACAUUGCUAUCCUGUUGCAAGUUUACUUGUACAGCCACUACCCUCAGAAGCCCGUGUCCCACACUGCACACCCAGCCAGCACUAAGGCCCUGUGAGGAACUUGGCUGAGCAGGUUGCAGGUCAGCAGAGCCAGCCAUGGCAUCUCUUCUUCCACUUGUAAAUACUCCUGUGUUGCCAAGUUGAAAGCAGAAAUGAGAACAAGGAUGGAAAACACGGCUGCACAUCCAGCUCGGGAGGUUCUGUGUUAAAUAACUUGAUCUGUUUUCAGACUUAGCUGUACAGAACUGUUUCUUGGUAGGGGGAGGGGCACUUUAUUUUUGCAUACAUACCUAUGAGCCUUAUUAAUUCACAAAUGUUUGUAUAUUUAAUCACAAGGGCUGGAUGGUUUGUGUUUUUAAUGCUAUUUAAAAAUGUUACACCACAGAAAUUAUAGGAUAUUUUGUCUGAAACUUCUACCUAUUUAUAUAAUAUAAAGUCUGUAUAUUGGUGGGAAGUUUGUGGCAUAUACUAGCAUUCAGUAUCUCCACGAUGGAGGAAGCAGUAUUGAAGAGCAAAUCCAGAAGCUUUCUCUUUCCCUAUAAGGGUGUCUGGUGAGAGAAGGUGGGGGUGGGAGGCCCUGCAGAGAGGUGAGCAGCCAGAAAUGAGCCGGUCACAGAUGCUGUAAAGCUAAAGGGUGAGCAAAUGUUCAUCCCUGCUGCAGGAGGACACAUGGAGGAGAUGAUGGAGGGGGUCUGAUAGCGCUGGAGUCAUGUCUAGAGCUGGCACAGCCAGUCAAGCAUCCAGGCAAAAGGAGGAGCCACAGGAGACUGCUGGGAACUUACAUAGUCAUGCUUUGCAACUGUGGGUGUGGGAAUAGCCUGCCCUGCACCUGGGGGGCAGCACUGCCCCAGCAGCUGUGCACAGGAACAAGCUGGGCUAUAGGGUGUCUUUCCCAAACCAAGGGGCCAGCAGAUGGGCAUUGCCAGUGUUGCCAGGCAAGUAUUUCUAGAUGUGAUUGAGCUGCAAAGGUAGAAGCAGGUCCACUUUCAUUGGCUCAGAAAUGAAAAAGUUUGAGACAGGGAAAAAGCUGUAUCCCCUGGAGUAGGACCAGUAUCUGACAGCUUGAUUUGUUGAGGCUGAGAUUUGUGUUCAUGUUCAAUGCCAAACAAGAACCAGGUUAUGUUUUGGGGUGUUUCGUGCAUUGGCCCAAUAAGGAAGGAGUCUGUGUUUUCCUUUUACUGUUGUGAACUGUUAGUCUUUUAAAGAAGUGAUUCUUCGGUUUUAGAUGAAUCAGCAGGCUGUACUGAGAGGGACUGAGAAACUGAAAGGGCAGAGUUCAUGUAGAUGUUGUCUCUAAAGGCCAUUAGCCAGCAUAGGUCAGCAUACUCUGUCUGUGACAUGCAGCUGCUGCUGGUGUGGACCUGUGGGGGCUGUGACCAAGCCGCUGGCUUGUUGUGACACUGCUGUCAUGAAACUGCCCUGGGUGAUGUGAGGAGACCAUAGCAAUGCCCUUGGUCCCAGGAACAGCUGUGCUGUGCUGCUUCCUUUAUGAGGCUUCCUCCCUCUGCUGGGUGAGUCCUGACUGGCCACAGGCAAGGUGUUGGACAGAUUUUUCAGAGUCAUUUUUUCUCUAAGAAUAGCCCAGGAGCUUAUGUUUUCUUAGCAGUGGCAGCAAGUCUGAGGUUUGGUAACUUCAGUGUGAAGUCAGAUACUUCCCCUACCGCUCUUUCUUUGGGAACCUCACGAUUUGAGUCUGGACUGUCUGGAUUGGUGGCAAACUGUCCAGGGGAGGGGAAUCACGCUGUGCCCAGGCACUGACUCCAUGCUCCUUGUUCGAUACCAUACUCUUCUAGGCCUGAAGUGACCUUACAAAGACAAUGUACUCAGCAUGGCAGACUAUGAAUGUUUUGUUCCUCUCUUUUCUCCAAUGUUCUGGUUGUGCUACAAGAACAUCUGGGCUUUUGUCUUUUUUAAUUGAAAACGUAACAACUGGCUUCUCCGGUAUGCUGCUUUAAUGAGGAUUGUAUUUCUACUGUUAGAAAACAAAAACUUUGUUGUGUGUUUUAAUUGUAUGAAGGGUUUUUUUAAUAACUUGUAAUGGUAAGAUUUUUGUAUUUGGUGGUCUUUUUCUAAGACAUUCUGCAAAACAGGGAUGUAAGAAAUUAAUGGUUCAUAAGAAACAUACUUUUGUAUGUUAUAGCUUCACCUGGGAGUGCACACUUUUGGCCACCUCUUUGGCUUUGAACUACAGAUAUUACUAAGGAUAAAACAACUUCUGCUUUUUCCUUUUGGGAUUCCUCCUUGAGUGGGUUCUUGAGUCUGUCAUCAGUACCUAAACCAGCAAGCUCUGUGGACCAGUCUCAUUUACACCAGAGCAGCAAAUGCUGGAAGAGAAGCCAGUGAAACCAUGUCUAAGUCAUCUUUUGUAUGUGGCAUUUAGCAAGUAGGACUCUUGGCCAGGAACUCUAGAACUUCUUGCAAGGUACUUUAGGGACAAAGUGUUACAGAACUUUUGUUUUGUUCUCUAGUUGCCAGGAAGUAUCUGUUUCAAUGAUCACCUCAGAGAAUAAGAAAUCGCUUACUUUAAAUACAUCUCUUUGAAUGUAUGGCACAUUUCACAGACUUUAUUUUUUCUGUCAGUUGCAAUGUUUUUUUUAAUAAAAAUUACCUAUUAUAUAUAAA